AUGUCUGGGUGCCCGUCGUCGUCGUCGGGAUCGGAGGACGAGGAUGAAGCGAUCGACUCAUACAGGAAAGGCGGAUACCACGCCGUGAGGAUCGGCGACUCGUUCGCCGGCGGCCGGUAUAUCGCCCAGCAGAAGCUGGGCUGGGGUCAGUUCUCUACGGUUUGGCUUGCAUACGACACGCAAUCAUCUAUCCUUUCCGCUAUUGCUGCUGGUGAUCCCUCAAACAGUAAAUCUGUUGUGCAAUUAGUCGAGCACUUUAAGCAUUCAGGCCCAAAUGGGCAGCAUUUGUGCAUGGUCCUGGAAUUCCUUGGUGACAGUUUACUCCGUCUCAUCAAGUAUAACCGGUAUAAAGGUCUCGAAUUGAACAAAGUUCGGGAGAUAUGCAAAUGCAUUUUGACUGCUCUGGAUUACUUGCACGGAAAAUUAAGAAUUAUACACACCGAUCUAAAACCUGAAAACAUUCUUCUAUGUUCCACAAUUAAUCCUUCAAAGGACCCGAUUAGGUCCGGGAUGAACCCCGUGCUAAAAAGGCCCGAGGGAAACCCGAAUGGUGGAAUUACAACGAAUAGCAUCGAGAAAAAGCUAAAACAAAGGGCGAAAAGGGCAGUUGCGAGGAUAUCAGAAAGGCGGGCUUCUAUGGGAGGGGUAGGUGUGGUUCCAAAGCCUUCUCGGUGUUUGGAUGGGAUUGAUUUGAAAUGUAAGGUUGUAGAUUUUGGGAAUGCUUGUUGGGCAGAUCGGCCAAUUGCUGAAGAAAUUCAAACGAGGCAAUACAGGGCUCCAGAAGUCAUCCUUAAUUCCGGUUAUUCCUUUCCUGCUGAUAUGUGGUCCUUUGCUUGCACGGCUUUUGAACUUGCAACUGGUGAGAUGAUGUUUACUCCGAAGAGUGGACAAGGCUUCAGUGAGGAUGAGGAUCACCUAGCUUUGAUGAUGGAGCUCCUUGGAAAGAUGCCACGAAAGAUCGCCAUAGGCGGGGCUCGAUCCAAAGAUUACUUUGAUAAAUAUGGUGACUUGAAGAGGAUUCGGAGGCUGAAAUACGGGUCAGUCGAUCGACUUCUUGUUGAUAAGUACAAAUUUUCUGAUGCCGAUGCUCGUGAGUUUGCGGCUUUUCUUUGUCCCAUACUAAAUUUCGAGCCCGAAAAGCGGCCGACCGCCCAGCAAUGCCUGCAGCACCCAUGGCUCAAUAUCGAUAAUCAGACACAUGAUGAAGUAAAGAGCGAAUCCAGCGUUGAGAAGGUGAAUGUUGGCAUGACCAACCUGCAAAUUAAGUUGCGCAAUAAAUAUGAGGGUGCAAAUGGAUUGCUAAUGCAUGUUUCGCUGGUCAUAACACUUACAUUCUAUGAGUGUUAUGUAUACCUCUAUGUACUUCCACCCCUCGUCUCCCCCGGCCUCCCCGACAGCUCUGCUCAUGAAUGCAAGGAGGGUAGAGCAGCUCAAUCGGGGUUAGACUGA